AUGAAUGUUCUUUGUACUUCAGUCUCCAAGCCAGCGCCUUACUGGGAAGGAACAGCAGUCAUUAAUGGAGAGUUUAAAGAGCUGAAAUUAACGGAUUAUGAAGGAAAAUAUCUUGUCUUCUUCUUCUAUCCUCUUGACUUUACCUUUGUAUGUCCAACUGAGAUAAUCGCCUUCAGUGACAGAAUUGAAGAAUUCAGAGCAAUAAAUACCGAAGUAGUAGCAUGUUCUGUGGACUCAAAGUUCACUCACCUAGCAUGGAUUAAUACUCCUCGAAAACAAGGAGGACUCGGACCUAUGAAGAUUCCACUUCUUUCAGAUUUGACGCACCAAAUUUCAAAGGACUACGGAGUAUAUCUGGAAGAUCAAGGGCAUACACUUAGAGGCCUUUUCAUCAUUGACAAUAAGAGAAUUCUUCGACAGAUCACGAUGAAUGACCUUCCUGUUGGGAGAUCAGUGGAUGAAACGCUUCGUUUAGUACAAGCAUUCCAAUACACAGACAAACAUGGAGAAGUUUGCCCUGCUGGUUGGAAACCUGGCAGCGAAACGAUAAUUCCAGAUCCAGCUGGAAAACUGAAGUAUUUUGAUAAACUAAACUGAGGCUUGCUUCUGUUGAAUUACAUAGGUCACAUUCAACUUGAUUUUUGCCAAUAAAAUUUCAUUAAUUUUG